AUGUGGAAAUUUCAUACACAGCAUUCCCUAAAGGACCGGCCAUCAGGAUUUUUAAACAAUUCCUGUGUGAAAUUCGAUUACCCUCUUCUUAUCAGAGUGUCACUUUACAUGUUUUUCAGCUUGGUGGUGAUUUUGACAGUAUUGGGAAACUUUUUUGUCAUCCUGAACAUCGUUCAUUUUAAACAGCUCCACAUUCCAACAAAUUAUCUCGUCCUGUCUCUGGCUGUAACAGAUCUGUUGUUAGGAGGAGUUGUUAUGCCCCCAAGUGUGAUUUUUUCUGUUGAAAAUUGCUGGUAUUUUGGGACAUUAUUCUAUCGAUAUUAUGCUGUGUGUAAGCCCUUGUUAUAUCAGACCAUAAUUACACCUUUUGUCACGUUUGUUAUGAUUUCCGUUUGCUGGAGUGUUUCAUUCACAGCUGGGUUUGGGAUAAUAUUUCUUGGUCUUAACAUACUGGGCCUUGAAGAUUUUUAUAAUGAAAAUGUUGCAUGUGAAGGUGGAUGUCUUUUGGUCCAAAAUGCUGCCUCCAGCACGACUUCCUCUUUGCUCUCCUUUUAUUUCCCAGGUAUCAUCAUGAUUAGCAUUUAUAUGAAAAUAUUUCGUGUUGCAAAAAAACAAGCAAAAGCCAUUCAGGAUUUAAAAAAUAAAACACAGUCCAUAAUAAGCAAAGAGGAGAAAAAGGCAACAAAAACACUGGCAGUGGUUUUGGGAGUGUUUCUCUCACUUUGGACUCCAUUCUUUAUCUGCAAUAUCGUUGACCCCUUUAUUGGUUAUUUGAUUCCUCCUGUAUUGUUAGAUAUGCUGGUUUGGACUGGAUUUUUAAAUUCGACCUGUAAUCCAAUGGUGUAUGCUUUUUUCUACAAGUGGUUUAGGAAAGCACUGAGGAUUUUUUUAUCUGGGGAAAUAUUUUUGUCGGGUUCUUCAAGAAUUAACCUUUUUUCACACUGA